GCGGUGGCUGGGGGAAUGGAGCCCUUGCGGGUCCUUGAGCUGUACAGUGGCAUUGGUGGCAUGCACCACGCACUGAGAGCAUUGGAAUGCUGUUACAGAGAUGAAUCAGAGUACAUACUCAAAUAUUCUACUUCAUGCCUGGUUCCUCCUUUCCUAGUUUUCCAUUGAGGUCUGAAAUCUGGCUAACUAAUUGAAAAGCUGUAUACCUGCACAAGUGGUGGCUGCCGUUGAUGUAAAUACAGUUGCUAAUGAAGUAUACAAGUAUAAUUUUCCUCACACACAGUUACUGGCAAAGACAAUUGAAGGCAUUACACUGGAAGAGUUUGACAAAUUAUCUUUCAAUAUGAUUUUAAUGAGCCCACCAUGUCAGCCAUUCACAAGAAUUGGCUUACAGGGUGAUAUGAUUGAUCCAAGGACAAAUAGCUUCUUAUACAUUCUAGAUAUUCUCCCAAGAUUACAAAAAUUACCAAAGUAUAUUCUUUUAGAAAAUGUUAAAGGUUUUGAAGUAUCUUCUACCAGAGACAUGUUGAUAAAAACAAUAGAAAAUUGUGGCUUUCAGUACCAAGAAUUUCUGUUGUCUCCAACCUCUCUUGGUAUUCCAAAUUCAAGGCUAAGGUAUUUCCUUAUUGCAAAGCUUCAGUCAGAGCCAUUACCUUUUCAAGCCCCUGGUCAGGUACUGAUGGAGUUUCCCAAAACUGACUAUGAGUAUCCACAAAAAUGUGCAGUGGAUGCAGAAAAUAAAAUUAAAAUAAAGGAAACAGAACCCAAUAUUUGCUUUGAUAGCAGUAUGGAAUGUUCUGGAAAAGAUGCCAUUCUUUUUAAGCUUGAAACUGUAGAAGAAAUUAAAAGAAAACAUCAACAGGACAGUAAUCUCUCUGUGCAAAUGUUAAAAGAUUUUCUUGAAGAUGAUAUUGACACCAAUAAGUACAUUUUACCACCGAAGUCUUUGCUGCGAUAUGCUCUUUUAUUAGAUAUUGUUAAGCCCACUUGCAGAAGGUCCACGUGCUUUACCAAAGGUUAUGGAAGCUACAUAGAAGGGACAGGAUCUGUGUUACAGACUGCAGAGGAUGUGCAGAUUGAGAGUAUCUACAGAUCCCUUAGCAAUUUGCCACAAGAAGAAAAGAUAACAAAGUUGUCAAUGCUUAAGCUGCGAUAUUUUACUCCUAAAGAAAUAGCAAAUCUCCUUGGAUUUCCUCCAGAGUUUGGAUUUCCUGAGAAGAUAACAGUGAAACAGUGUUACCGUCUACUUGGAAAUAGUCUCAAUGUGCAUGUAGUAGCUAAGCUGAUCAAAAUCCUUUGUAAAUAACUUUGAAAUAACUCUGGAAAAGGAACAUGAUAUUCUUUCAUGCCCAGAUUGUAAUUCUUAAAUUCUAUUUUGAAGUAAUGUUGAUUACAUUUAACUAAGUUAUUUUAAUCUUUCUUUAAAAAUUUUAGAAUUCAUCUCAAAAUUUAGAAUU